GACCCGGAUCACGUGACUUCUCCAAGAUGGCGGACACGGGCAGUCAGCUCCUGCUGGGCUCCGGCCUGACAGUCCUGUCCCACCCGUUAAUGUACGUCAAGAUGCUGGUCCAGGUGGGACACGAGCCACUGCCUCCUACGUUGGGAAGAAAUAUGUUUGGACGUCAAGUAUAUCAACUUCCAGGGCUAUUUGCAUAUGCAAAACACAUAAUUAGCAUUGAUGGGAAGAGCGGACUUUUCAAAGGCCUGGCUCCCAGACUGUGUGCAGGGGCUGUAGGAACUCUCGUACAUAGUAAAGUCUUGCAGAGUUACCAUGAACUGGAACAGAAAGAGGAUGGUGAAGCUGAACACAAAGAUGGCCAAAUGUCAAUGGAACACGUUAUCAAAGAGACUACUCAGGAGAUGGUUGCUCGUUCAGCAGCUACGCUUGUUACACAUCCUUUUCAUGUGAUUACGCUACGUUGUAUGGUCCAGUUUAUUGGUAGAGAGACCAAAUAUAACGGGGUGUUUGGAUCCAUUGUGACGAUAUACAAAGAGGAAGGAGUUCUUGGAUUCUUCGCGGGUCUUAUUCCAAGACUCUUAGGAGACAUACUUUCUCUAUGGAUCUGUAAUAUGGUGUCUUAUUUGAUCAACACUUACGCCCUGGAGAAUGGGGCAGUUGGAGAGAUGAAAAGUUACUCACAGGCCGUAACAGGGUUCAUAGCCAGUAUGCUGACAUACCCGUUCCUACUUGUCUCUAACCUGAUGGCUGUAAACAACUGCGGACUGGCUGGAGGAGACCUCCCUUAUGCUCCUGCAUAUACCUCUUGGAUAGACUGCUGGAAACAACUAAGCAAAGAGGGUAACAUAAAUCGAGGGAACAGCCUGUUUUUCCGCAAGGUGCCCGCAGGAAAAAAAUAUGUUUUCGAACAGAAGAGAUUUUAUUGAAGAAACAAAGAGCAACACUUAUGCCUGUACCCAUAGCCGGUCCCUCUGACUGGGGUCUGAGGAGGGAAGAGAGAAUUCAAAAUGUACACAUUUUGUUUACAAAAAUGUAUGAUUUUUUUUUUUUCUUAUCCCCCCCUUUCUAAUUGUUUUCAGAAAUCAUUCAUUCUUGGGAACAGUUGUGUGUGAUUUUGUCUGAAUUAUAAAGUACAUUAUAAUUUGUCUAAUAGUUUAUUUUCUUUGCCGUAUUCGCCACCAACACACUGUGCCAGGGCAUUUUAGGUAUGUACUAGCCAAAGUUUUUAAGCAACCUCCUUAACGUAAAGCAAGAUGGGUGGCGAAUACAGCUCUGUCUUCUGUGUAAUAUUGUUUUUAUACCCAGUGCCUACUUCUUCACUGACUGACUUCUUCCGUGUACUAAGGCUCAUAAAAUAGGUGCUGAUAGCAGAUUGCUGGGCCAAGAAACAGUAUCUGCUGCUCAGCAAAAAAUGCCUUUAUGUGCACAACUGUGCAGAAUACGUAAUGAUAAAUGUGGGGGACUGUAUCACAUCUAUUGCAGAAAAUAUCCACACACUUCUAUUCACUCUUUACAAAAGUGUCUGGCUUCGGAACUCUGCAAUUUACACAUCAGGCAGCUGUAUAUGUUUGUAUCGGAAGAUUAAUCACCAAGAAAUAGUGAUGUAUAAAAUGGCAGUAUUUUGCUUCUAAUAAACUUGUCCUUGGUGCUC